AGCCACGUCUGCCAAGAGUCAUUCGGUCCUCGAUCUGAUAUACACGUUUGUGUGUGACAGCUGAAACGAAUUUUACCUCGUACACUCCGAGACAAUGUCGAGUGACAGUUGGAAGCUAAACUGUGUUCUGGGUACCGGAGGCUUCGGAACCGUCGAGCUUUGGAUAAACGUUCAAAGUGGCGAAAAGAUUGCAAUAAAAAAAUGUAAAUGGAGUUACUCGCAGCUAACGCCAAUACAACAAAAGAGAUGGGCCAACGAAGUUGAGAUAAUGAGGCGCUUGAAACAUCCAAACAUUGUAAGAACAGGAUGCGUUCCGUUCAAGCUGCCAAACGUAGAGGAGAAUCUGCCGAUGCUCUGUAUGGAAUAUUGCAGAAAAGGAGAUUUGAGAAAAAUUUUAAAUCGACCAGAAAAUUGUUGCGGAAUCAGUGAAACGGAAGCGAUCAAAGUAAUGAGUGAGAUCUCGUCAGCCGUGAGCUAUUUGCAUUCGCAUAACAUAACUCAUCGAGAUUUAAAGCCAGAGAAUAUAGUUUUACAGGAUAAACAGAAUGUGAUCUCGUAUAAAUUAAUAGAUCUCGGAUAUGCCAAAGAGCUUGGAGAGGCAAGCACGACCGCCUCUUUAGUUGGCACGCUAAAUUAUGUCGCUCCGGAGCUCCUCUGGGGAAAAAAAUAUAGUUGCUCUGUCGACUACUGGAGCUUAGGAAUAUUAUUUUAUGAACUUGUAACUGGAACGAGGCCAUUUUUACCAACAAUGCAACAUACGAUGCAAUGGAUGAAAUACAUAAAAAAUAAGAGUUAUGAUGACAUUCAUGCUUACGAGUCAGAAGGGGAAGUCAUUUUUGGGACAGACAUUCAAAAUCCAACUCAUUUAUCAGAUUGCCUCCAAAACAAAAUGGUCCACUGGUUCAGGCUGGUUUUACAAUGGGAUCCACAUAAAAGAGGUAAAAUGCUUGAUAAAUUUGGUACACCCCAUUCAGUAGUAUUUACAAUGUUACAGCAUGCAUUAGCAAACAAGAUACUAUACGUCUUCUGUCUGCCACUUUACAAAAUUAAUGCGUACGAAGUUAAUAGUACUACUACUCUCGGGGAUCUUCAAUCGUUGAUAGAAAGAGAUACUGAUAUUGAAGUCAAGCACCAAGUGUUAACUGACUACAAAGGUGCAAUACUGAUUGAAAAUACUGCGUCACUUGCGUCACAAAGUAAUGAUCACGUUUUCUUUCUCUUUAGAAAUGGCUGUUGUUUGAUAAAAGAUGUACCGAAAUUAACUAUUCCUACCGCAGUUCAGAAAAUGAUAGCACAAUCAAGAAAUGAAUUAAAUUAUGAAACAGUAAAAGAUUAUUAUCGCAAUACAAUACAUUUUAUGAGGAAAGAGGUGUAUUUAUUUCACUUAUACAUUUUUGCGCUUAAUAUAAACAUAGACUUGCUACAUCAAAAAAUCGACAGAUUUAAUACAAGCAUGGCAGAGACACUGGAAAGUACAAAGAAUCUUACAGAACAAGUGCAUACAAGUCGUACGAAAUAUAUAAACAUAACGGAUGUAGAUGCAACUAAUACAAGAAAAGUACACAUUCUUUUUGACAAAGUUGAUAAAUUGGCUAGUACAGCCGAUCAAAUACAGAUGAAGUUUAUGUCUCUAAAAGAAGACAAUGAUAGAUUGAGAGAUCAAGCUCAAGCUAUUGAUUAUAUAGGAAAUUUAUCGAAGCUGUCUGAUAAGAUAUGUGACAUAUAUCUAAAAUUUAAGAAAGAGAAUCCACAUAAAACAGCAAAACCACUGGAAAUGUCGAAAUUAGUGUUUGCAUUUGUGAAUGCGCGUGAGACGCAACUUCAUGAUAAAAAUAUAACUGAUAUUGCAAGGCAGAUAGAUAAAUUGCAAGAUAAACUGUCAAUACUAGAAAAGGGAUUUAUUUCUGUUACUGCCUUGACAAAAUCAUAUUGGGAGGAACAUCAAACAAUCGCACUAUCGGAUACUAACAGUGUCUCUGAAUCUAGCAACCAUCAAUCCUUAAAUAUCUUUACCACCGAAUUAGACUUCCAAUCAGAGGACAAUGUGAUAUAUGAUAAUUUGGUCAUGCGCUACAGGUUGGACAAUUUGAUGACUCAAAUACAGAAAAAAUAUGUUGAAGUGGUUAAAUUAGACCCGUGAUCGAAGACACCACGCAAAUAUAACAUUCAUGUUAUGAAAUGAUCUAGCAUACGAAGCAUUUUAACUUCCAUUUUUUUAUACAUUUCAAUCCUUGAAGUCUGUUUAUGUAAAUGUGCGUGGAACAUAAUGCCGUACACCCCACUUAAUAUUAGCGUGUUUAUCAGUUUUAACAAACGUAUAAACAGGUUUGUUGAACAGUUGCUCCAAUUUUCUUGCUUGAUACGUGUCGCUCUGACCUGUUCAGAAAAGUUUGUAUAAAGUAUUUUUGUAAUUUUAAUAAUUUUUAUGAAAAGAGACUGACUUUACAAUUAUCUUACGUACGCGCAGUAUAUAUAAAAAAAAUAAUUUGUAUAAACACAUUUUAGAAAGAUAAGAAAGUAGUUUUUUUAAAUAUCAAAAGGUCGAUAGAUUAAAUAUAAACAUUCUUAUUUGGCUCAAUACACAAUUUAAAUAAAAAUGUGAACUUGUAUGUGCAGUAUAAUUUUGUUAAUUUGAUUUUGAGAUUUAUUGUUUCUUAAACAAUAACUUACCUUUUUCAAACGCAACAACCAUAUUUAGGGAAAGGUAGAGUAUAAAAUAGAUUUUUAAUAUCUGAAAUAGUUGUGAUAUUAAAUGUAAGCAACGAAUAUAUCCAUGGUAUGAAAAAUGUGAUAUGUACUCACUUGCAUUGCACGAAAUAUUACACUUAUUAUUCUCAUCGUUAACGUAUAUCAGAUAUCUAUCUAGUUGUCGAUAUUCUUCCAGACUGUCUUUGCGAUAGAUCAGCGAGUACUUAAAAUUUGUCGAGUCUACGAUAAAAAGUGCAACGGUUGAGUGAUCUUUUGUAUGCUCUGUAUGUGUGUGUAGCUUAAAUAUCUUUUACCACUUUCGCUAACCCAGAUUCUACGAUACCUAUUACUUUUGUAGUCGUUGAACAUGAAGAAUACGGUCGCUCAACGAUUUUAACAAGAGUAUUUUAUUGUAAUAUGGAUAGGUACAAUAUUUUGUACUGAUAUAUUUUAUUAGAAAACUGUAUACAGAUCUCAAUUGAGAAUUGAACAACGAUGUUAAAAUAAAUAUUAUGUUCUUUA